AUGAGGGUUUAUGCUGCAAACACUCAGUCGAUCCCGAGGAAAGCUUGGGCCACUGCUUCAUCAUGGCUAGGUCCGGAUAUGCCUGGCCUCGGUGACUUUCUCCUCAGUACCGAGGACUCGACUGGACAGCCAAUCAUGUCCUUGUCGUCGUCCCGUUACAAUGGGUCGUGUGCGCGUGUGUGGGGAGACUUCAUAUGUACUGCCGCGGCAUGA